GCGGGGCUUCAGUUCCGCUGCGCGGCGUCUCCGCGCCAUGGAGCUCAGCGAGAUGCUCUACAACAAGUCCGAGUACAUCGAGACGGCUUCUGGGAACAAAGUGAGCCGGCAGUCGGUGCUGUGUGGGAGCCAGAACAUCGUGCUCAAUGGCAAGACAAUUGUCAUGAACGACUGCAUCAUUCGAGGAGACCUGGCAAACGUGAGGGUCGGGCGCCACUGUGUUGUGAAAAGCCGAAGUGUCAUCCGUCCACCUUUCAAGAAAUUCAGCAAGGGGGUCGCUUUCUUCCCCCUGCACAUUGGAGACCACGUCUUUAUUGAGGAGGACUGCGUCGUCAAUGCAGCUCAGAUUGGCUCCUACGUCCACAUAGGCAAGAACUGCGUCAUUGGUCGCCGGUGUGUCCUGAAGGACUGUUGCAAAAUCCUUGACAACACAGUGUUGCCCCCAGAAACAGUGGUCCCGCCUUUCACGGUCUUCUCAGGCUGCCCAGGGCUCUUCUCUGGAGAACUGCCUGAGUGUACUCAGGAGCUGAUGAUUGACGUCACCAAGAGCUACUACCAGAAGUUCCUGCCCCUCACCCAGGUCUAGUAUGCUCCAUCCCGUGCUCCUCUGCAGUGAGAAGAAGGAACCUCAGUGGCUAGCGUGGCCAGGCCACAGCUGUGGCUUCUGGGAAUCCUGCAGGCUUCAGAUCUGAUAGGAAGGCUCUGCCGGCAGCUCUCGGGUGAUGUUUCCCUCCCGUGUUGUAUACCCACCUCCCUGCUCUUUUCCGUCCCCCUCCCCGUGUUGUACACAGUCACAUUCCUGUCCAGUGUCGGAGGCUGUUCCAGUUUCCUGUGGGCUGCUGCAGCCCUGCCCUGGACCAAGCUCACUGCAGAUGCCCUCGCCGGUUACUUCACUCCAAAUCCAAUGUUUGUUGGUGGGUGAAAUGGGAGGGCCGCGUACUCUGUCCUCUGGGGCCGGGGGAAGUGCCGCUGCCGCCCUUCCACCCCUUCAGUUUCUGCUUUGCACCCUGCCUGCCUGCCUGCCUGCAGGUGUGGCUGUCUUGGAGAAACAAGACCAGAGCAAAGGGCCUGAGUUGAGUCAGGACUAAGUGGACUCCGGAGUCGUUCUGUUGCAGGGUGGGUGGAGGUCCCCACAUAGGGCUAUGAGUAGGUCGCCCAUGGCAUGAAGGGGGGAAGGGUGGGGCCCCGUCGGCAGAAGUAGGUUAGGUCCUGCCAUUGUGGACAGGAUCUUCCAGAGUGCAUGAAAAAAACAGCUGCUGGAUGCAAACAGUAUUCAGGGGAGCCUGCCCAACCUUCCACCUUUCCCUCCCUCUCCAAAUAGUGUCUACUGGUCCUUUCCUCUCUGCAGAUAAAGCCAGAACCCAGCUGAUUCAGUUGUGUUCACAUAUUUUGCUCUCACGCUUACUGUUUCUGUAUGACAGAGGUUCUUGCAGGCGGAGCAGAGGGUAGGGGUGGGGUGCAUUUUCAUGUGUUCUAUGGCAUGUGCAGCUCUGUCACGCAUUAACCAACUAUGGACUGCUCAAAUACAGAAGUGUGUAAUAACUGUUGUUAACUGCAGAGCCACAAUCUGGUUUAUUUAUAUUUUCCUGUAUGCAAAUUAAAAAUCUUAAGUGGGUCAAA